AUGGCUACUCCUCCUCAAUUCGACCUAGAAAAAAUCAGAGCAGAGUCCGAUGGCUCGUACACAGGCAUGGCUCGUACCAUGUUUGACCAGGCCGUCGUCAACAAUCCAUAUUUCGCUGCUGGCGGUGGCCUUAUGCUUUUGGGUACUGGUCUAGCUUUGGCCAGACUGGGUAUCGUCAGAUCCUCGGGCUUUCUUUAUAGACAGCUUCUCGUGGACCUCGAGAUCCCUUCCAAGGAUAAGCUGUACUUGUGGUUUUUGGAGUGGAUGUCCCAGUACAAGCACCGGUCGCUGAGACACUUGUCCGUUGAAACCAACUAUGUUCAGCACGACAACGGCGCUGUCACGACGAAAUUCUCCUUGGUUCCGGGCCCUGGAAAGCACUUGAUCAAGUACAAAGGCGCCUACAUGCUUGUCAACAGAGAACGUUCUGGAAAGCUCUUGGAUAUGACCUCAGGAACGCCUUUCGAAACCGUCACCUUGACCACCUUGUACAGCGAUAGACAUGUUUUCCUGGACUUGCUAGCAGAGGCCAAGAAAAUGGCCCUCAAGGCUCAGGAGGGCAAAACCUGGCGUCCCUUUGGCCAGCCUCGUAAGAAAAGAAUGCUUGGUUCGGUCGUUUUAGACGAUGGCGUGAGUGAGCUCAUAGUGAACGACGUCAAGGACUUUUUGAGCUCGGGCGAGUGGUACCACCAACGAGGCAUCCCUUAUAGAAGAGGCUAUUUGCUCUAUGGACCGCCAGGAAGCGGUAAAACCUCGUACAUCCAGGCCUUGGCUGGUGAGCUCGACUACAACAUCUGUGUGUUGAACCUCUCCGAGGGCCAUUUGACUGACGACAGACUCAACCACCUCAUGAACCACAUCCCCAAUCGCUCCAUCUUGCUUCUUGAAGACAUUGACGCUGCGUUCAACAAACGUGCACAGACAAACGAACAAGGCUACCAGUCUGGGGUGACCUUCUCGGGACUCUUGAACGCCUUGGACGGCGUUGUCUCUGCAGAAGAGUGCAUCACCUUCAUGACCACAAACCAUCCAGAAAGGCUAGAUCCCGCUUUGCUCAGACCAGGCCGUGUGGACUUCAAGGUGAUGGUCAACAACGCUACAGAGCAGCAGGUGAGGCGGAUGUUCUUGCGUUUCUACGAGGACGAAAAAGAGCUUUGCGAGAAGUUCGUCCAGAAAUUCCGGGAGCUAGAGCUUGUGGGCAAGGUCAGCACGGCCCAGCUCCAGGGCUUGUUUGUGUACAACAAGAAGGACGCUCAGGCUGCGUACGCCAUGAUCGACACGUUGAAAAACCCUAAUAGUGUAUUCUGA